AUGUACUUUUUCCUUAGCAACUUAUCUCUCCUCGAUGCUUGCUACUCAUCGGUGGUGGCACCGAGGAUGUUAAUGAACCUUCUGAUGGAGAAGCAAACAAUCUCUGUCAUCGGCUGCGCAACCCAGCUUUACUUCUUCAUAGCCUUUGGCACCACCGAGUGCUUCCUCCUGGCUGCGAUGGCGUACGACCGCUACAUGGCCAUCUGCAAGCCUUUGCUGUACUCGGCCAUCAUGUCCCACCGGCUCUGCAUGCUGCUGGUGGCCAUUUCCUAUGUGCUUGGCCUGCUGAACUCCUGGGUGCACACAGAGUUUGCCUUCAGCCUACCUUUAUGCCAGCCAGCCAAGGUCAACCACUUCUACUGUGAAAUCAGGCCUGUUCUGGCCCUCUCCUGCUCUGACACACGUGUCAAUAGGUGUCUGAUAUUUGUCCUUGGUGGGCUGGUGGAGAUGGUGACCAUCUUGGCCGUCCUGGUCUCCUACGCCUUCAUCCUCGCUGCUGUCUCAAGGAUCAGCUCUGCUCGGGGCCGGUACAAAGCCUUCUCCACGUGCACCUCUCACCUGGCUGGAGUCACCAUCUUCCACGGGUCCAUCCUCGCCCUGAACUUCUGA